AUGGCCGCCGACAGGUGUCUUUCGGCCGAUCCCAUUCAAACUGAGACCGUCGUUGCACCACGUGCCGCCUUCUCUGAAUCUCAUCUACGGCGGAGCGCUAGUGAAGACCUCCAGAACCUCAGGCUCAAGCGGCAGAAGCGAAUCUCGACCGACGAGACGCCCAAAAGCCAGUCCAAAAGCCAGACUUUUUACUUUGUUGAUUCCAACUCGUCAUCCCGGGAAAAGCGCGCUCAUGUGAUGCGACAUCACGUCCAGGAAAAGCGCAGGCAGCAACGGCAUUCACAUUCCCGCAGUGGCAGUGAGGUGAGGGCGAAUGGGGUAUACCCAUAUCUCCCUUGGGAGCAGAGGGCGGAGUUACCAGAAAGCGCAGAUGGCCGGUCUCUUGAUGAUUCUCCCCGCCGCGUUCACGCGCCCCUUCUGAACCCACCAGACAGCAGAGAAAACACGCUCUCCAGGCUGAAGCCCGUCGCAUUGGCAAGCCCUCCUCUGCCAUCACUCACCACCAUGCUCAGUGCCUCCAGAAAAGAUCCUUUCGAGGUCCUUCCCAUAACACCCUUGGAUAUGGAACUGGCAGAUUACUGGGCCAAUAAGUUGACCUACUGGUCCGGCCAGAAUACACACAUCAAGGAUUGCGUAUUCAAAACCGCCAUGGCCCACCCGCUAUCAUUCCGAGCGGUCAUACUCUCAUAUUGCGCCCGAUGGAAGGCGCAAUUAUACAACCAUCCAAACACCCGAGAAAUAGAGUUUCAUCUGGGAAAUGCUAGGAAAGGGGUGGAGGACGCAAUCAACGGCCACGUCAAAAUUGACGGCGAAAGUUUAGCGAUGGCGUUCGCAGGCCUUGCGCUCCAAGAAGACCGGUUCGGAUCCAAAGAAAAGGCCGCUGAAUACGAAGAUCGGGCAGUUCAGAUCCUCCGCACUGGUCGUCGCUCCAGCGGCCUUGCUGAGGUCUUCCUCCAUUACGUCCGAUAUGUGAUGGUCCCUUCUCCUCUGGCGUUGGGCCAGUCAGAACACGGCCAGGGAUGGCUAGUCACCUUCCUUCGCGCAGCCGAGCGCCUAAUGUUGUCGCAUAACAACGACAAAUAUCUCACAACUACUCCUCAACGCCGCGCCGCUUUCCAGAUGGAAAGCCCCCUUUUCUCUCUCCUUUCUAGCGGGCCCCGCCCCUCCCGCGUUCCCCACGACUCUCGCAUAUACGUUGUCCGCAACGUUCCCACUCAGGAAAUUACUCGCACUGCCGCACUCAUCUACAUCACCGCCGCGCUUUGGGACUUUCAGGAUUCACACGGAAAGACGCAGCGCUUUCUCAUCUACUUAAAUAACCUCGUCAGGAAGCACGAGUUGGACAGGUUUCCAGCGUGCGAGAGCUUUAUAUGGCAUCUUCUAGAAGAGAAUUGCGACAUAGAUCUAAAAGAUUCAGAACGAGGAUGGUCAACGGGGGAGCUUUUGAAGAUCCAUAAACGGUUACCCCCGGAUCUGCGGUUCCAGUACAACGAGACAUUGUUUAGUUUUCUCAUGCUGGUCCAACCAAUCCGCGGUGUCGAGACCUUUGAAAAGGAAUUGGCCACCGCGACAGGUGUGAACGAAGCCGACUUUUGA